GGGGGCGGGGCGAGGGCGGCGCUGAGCGGAGCGGAGCCGAGCGGAGCGGAACGUGGAGCCCGGCGUCCUGUAAGCUGCUCCUGGGGUGACCCCUGAGGGGCUCCGCGCAGGGCGUGACACGGCGUGUGCUCCCACAGGCACGGCAUGGCGGCGAGCACGGGCAGCGGCGCGACGGCGGCGGCCACCGGGGAGCCAGCGCACGCGGUGUCCCUGCUGCGGGGGCUGAGCGCGCUGCGAGCCGAGCGGAGCCUUCUGGAUGUGACGGUGGUAGCGGGCGGCCGGGAGUUUGGGGCACACCGUGCCGUCCUGGCUGCCGCCUCCGGCUAUUUCCGUGCCAUGUUUGGCGGGGCGCUGCGGGAGGCACGGGCUGAGCGGGUGCGGCUGCACGGUGUGGAGCCCGAGUGCCUGGCGCGCCUCCUCGACUUCGCCUACACCGGCCGGGUGGGAGGGCUGGGCCCCGACAUUGCCGAGCGCCUCCUGCGCGCUGCUGACCUGCUGCAGUUCCCUGCAGUCAAGGAGGCCUGUGGCGCCUGGCUGGCACGCCAGCUGGAGCCCGCCAAUGCCCUGGAGAUGCAGGACUUUGCCGAGGCCUUCGCCUGCCCGGCACUGGCGGCUGCUGCCCACCGCUUUGUCCUGCGCCAUGUGGGCGAGUUGGGCGCUCAGCUGGAACGGCUGCCGCUUCCACGCCUCCUCUCCUACCUGCGGGACGAUGGGCUCUGUGUGCCUAAGGAGGAGGCUGCCUUCCAGCUGGCACUGCGCUGGGUGCGUGCCGACCCCGCCACCCGUGCCCCGCUGCUGCCCCAGCUCCUGGCCCAUGUCCGCCUGCCCUUUGUGCGCCGCUUCUACCUGCUGGCCCACGUGGAGGGCGAGCCACUGGUGGCCCGCUGCCCGCCCUGCCUGCGCCUCCUGCGUGAGGCCCGCGACUUCCAGGCUGCUCGCCUUGACCGCCACGACCGGGGGCCCUGCGCCCGCAUGCGCCCUCGGCCCUCCACCGGCCUCGCCGAGAUCCUCGUCCUCGUCGGUGGCUGUGACCGUGACUGCGACGAGCUCGUCACCGUUGACUGCUACAACCCACGUACUGGCCACUGGCGCUACCUGGCAGAGUUCCCUGAGCACCUGGGUGGGGGCUACAGCGUCGCUGCGCUGGGCAAUGACAUCUAUGUCACUGGCGGAUCGGACGGCUCCAGGCUGUACGACUGCGUCUGGAGGUACAAUUCCAGCGUCAACGAGUGGACGGAGGUGUCUCCCAUGCUGAAAGCCAGAGAAUACCACAGCUCCACGGUCCUGGACGGGCUGCUGUAUGUGAUCGCCUCCGACAGCACGGAGCGCUACGACCACUCGGUGGACAGCUGGGAGGCUCUGCAGCCCAUGCUGUACCCCAUGGACAACUGCUCCACCACCUCAUGCCGCGGCAAGCUGUUUGCUAUAGGCUCCCUGGCUGGCAAGGAGUCCAUGGUUAUGCAGUGCUACGACCCUGACAGUGACCUGUGGUCCCUCGUGAACUGCGGCCACCUGCCUCCCUGGUCCUUUGCCCCAAAGACAGUCACUCUCAACGGCCUCAUGUACUUCAUAAGAGAUGACUCUGCUGAAGUGGAUGUUUACAAUCCAGCAAAGAAUGAAUGGGAUAAAAUCCCAGCCAUGCUUCAGGUGCAUGUUGGGGGGAGCGUGGCUGUGCUCGGCGGGAAGCUCUAUGUCUCUGGCGGCUACGAUAACACGUUCGAACUCUCAGACGUCCUGGAAGCCUACGACCCCGAGACACGAACGUGGAGCGUGGUGGGCCGACUCCCCGAGCCCAUCUUCUGGCACGGCAGCGUCAGCAUAUUCCGGCAGUUCAUGCCAGAAACCACACAGGAGGAUGACGGCAUCAUGCUGGACAACACCAUCAACUUGAACAGGCAGCGUGAAAACCUUCACAACCAGAACCUUAACGAGCUUCGUUAGUGGGGGAAGGCGCUGUCCCCCUGGCUUGAGGCGAGUUCGCUAUCCAGAACCUGUGUUGCUUUGAGAGAAGGCAGAGGCAAAGCAGUGCCUGGAAACAAAAAAGUACUGAUCGUAGAGGGAGUGAAAACUGAAUGCUUGACGUGCUGUUGUGGAACCGCAGCCGGCAGCCAGCCAGGCCUCCGCUGCAGCUUCCCUCGGCCCUUCCCUGGGGCAGGAGGAGGCACCGCGCUGCCCGCAGAGACCCAAGAGGUGAACUCUGAGGAAAGCGAGCACGUUGAAUGUCGCCGCAGCGUCGCAGCUUAUGGCUUUUGGUCAGACACCUUUCGCUGGGAGUUCCUUCACCCCGUAACGCUUUCUUUGCCACCAAACUCCUUUCUUCGGUUUCUUUUCUUGGGAGGGGCCUGUCUGUUAGGACGGUGGUCUGGAACCCGUCUGUCCUGUGCCUCGGAGGAAGACAGACUUCCCGUGCAUGCCUUCCUCUGCGUGGUUAGAGCGGGGAAAGGCCUUGCCAUGAGAAGCUGGAGGUCCGUUAGGGGCCUUUCCUGCCUGUUGCUGUGGUCCUCAGUUCCCCUUCAUGCCUUCAGGAAGAGCAGGCAUCCUGUAGCAGGGACCUCGCUGAGGUCAGGUGAUGCAGCUUCACCUUCCCCUCUCUCUGAUCCUUAGUUCUCCCUGUGUUUUGGUGAGGUUUUUUAAGUUGUGGCAUUUAAAUUUCUGCAGGUAUUUGUUUUCCAACCCUUCCUAACAGAGCACUUUUCCUUCUCAGAAGAAACACCCUUAUUUAUCUUUUAAUCGUGUUCUCCCAACUAGAUUGUUUCCGAUCACCCCAGCUGUGCCCCCCUUUAAGGCGAGAAGCAAGUACCCCCCUUGGUUGGCCCCAGGAGCAGCUGCCCCGUCGGGGAGGAGCCCUUCUCCCUUCCAGGUGGGACCCGGUGCCUUGAUAUGGAGCUGAACUAGGCAGAAAAAGCCCCUUCUUGUGGCGAGGGCUGUUUGCUGGCAGUUCUGCUAGGCCGAGCCCUCAGCCAGCGUGUGGGGUUGGGCAGGUUGGCCCUGUGCAGCAAGGGAUGAUUUUUGUUUCUUCACCAUUUUGAAGGAGCUAAGUUUUUUAGUUUAGGGGAAAAAAAAAAAACAAACCUAACACCUUACCAGGAAAGGUGAGCGCAGCUUCCUCAGGAGAUUCUCUGCCAGCUUGCAGCAUUGCUGGCAGUGUUGAGACACCGUGAUGCAGAAUCGCUUUCAAAUUCAUCGCCUCCUGUGAAGGAACCCGCCAGACCUUUGGAGAGGUGUCGUGCCCGUCGUGCCUCCAGUUUGCGGGAGCUCUCAGGAUCUGGGCAAUCAGAAAAUGCCACUGAGGCAUUUUGGUAAAGGUGUAGCAGGUAGGCAGAGUGUUGCAGAUUGAAAGGUAGUUAUUUUAGGGGUUUUUUUCUUCUUCUUUGGGGUUUGCUGGUAUUUUUUUUGGCCUGUGUAAGAUUUGCCUUUAUACUUGCCCAAGUGACCUAGCUAGCUCAGGCUGUAUUUCCUCUAUCUACCUUAGCUGAAGAGAAGCUGCGCGCAGUUUACUGGCAAACGUUUCUUUAAGGAGCAAACAGUCAAAGCCGCGGUAGGGCCCGCCUCAAAACGAGCGUCGCACCUUUGGGAGAACUGCAAAGUGUACCAGUGGCCGAACGUUGGCUGGAUGUGUUCGCUUUUUCAGUCUUUUCUUCUUAACCAAUAGGAAAAAAAAAAUUGCAUUUAAGCUUAAUUGGGAGAUGGAAAGCCCAUUGACUUGAUCACAUGCCCUCUGGCUUGCCCUUGGAUAGCCUCGUGCCGCAGCCCCAUCUCCACAACAUCAGCUUCUUCACAGCUUUAAGAACAUCUGUUGUGCCCCGAGUGCUGUUUUAUGCCACGCUCCUCAGCUGUGGAACUUGGGAAAGCCGUUUGCGAAACCCCGGCUGUUCUCCAAGCCUGAAACUUUGACAGUGCCUUGAAACCGCUGCGCGCCAGCGGAGGAUUGCGGAGGGGCCUUGCCUGGCUGCUGCAGCCUCUCUGUUUAAAACCCUCCCCGGCGCUGCUGUGGGCUGGGAGGCGCGGGGGAGGCGCGGGGGCCUCGCAAUCCAGGGUGGCUCCUUCGUUUCUGGGAGUAAUGGCCGUGUCCUGCCACGCCGAGCCAGGAGGCCAGAGCAGCCCAUCCCCGUGGCGCCAUGUCGUGCCUGGAGGGAGACGGCGCGCACUGCGCAGCUGGACUCGUGUUGCAGACUGAAGUAUUUAUGCUGAACUAUAAAUAGUACGCACACUCUGUCUCGUACUGUAGUGCUCGCUGCUAGACCUGCCACCCCCAAAUUCCCCAACUGGCUGAACAGUUACCAAUCUAUAUUUAUUUUUUGUAAAAUUCAUUGUGUCUGCAUCUUUGAGUACAGUUUAAAUACCAUCCUUUGAAACAAAGGCAUUUUACAGAUAAUGUAUUUUUAUUCUGAGUUUGUUUUUAAAUUUACUUGCAGCAGUCAAGUUAAAUAAAAUGUGUUACAUAAA